AUGCUGGUACUGCUCCUGUUAGCAGUACUAGCCGCAGUCUCAGUCGUUUUCGGACUGCUGUUAAAGCAGUUGGGAAGGUGCUUGAAGCGGCGCCGAAGGAAAGCCCUGGCCCGCACCUUCAACAGAUCGCCCGAGGCCGGCAGUACGGCCCCAUUGUUUCAGUUCAGCCCCAGAAUGUCUUCGGGUCAAUUUAAUUUGGGAUCUACGCUGGGAAACAGUUUCCGAUGUGGAGGGCAGAGGUUCCCGACGAUUCAGGUGGUCGGUAAGUAAGGGAGAUGGCGAAUUCCGAAGGUGUAAUUGUUGCUUUUAAAGUACGGAAAUUCAUUUCCAGCCUCUAGAGAGAGGCCUCUGUAGAAUCACUUUUAUUUUAUACAGAGGUAUCUAGGGUCUUGAACAUCUUUGACAAAGACAAUCAAAGAAUUCCAGAAGAAACCCCUCUAAAAGACUAUUAUACAUAAAAACUGAACUGAUUGUGAGGUGGGACGUCAACACAAUGAAUUUCCGAUUUUUAAUGGAGCAAGACUAAAAAUAUCCCAAUUUGAUUGGUUUGAAUGCAGCUUUGGCGGGGUCGUACGUCAAAAAUUCAUGGAAAUCAUAAAGAAAAUGGGUUUUUAAUGGGAUGACAAAUAAAAAUGGGAAUACUUUGGUUGGUAAAAUACGGAUAACUUCAUCAACACAAAAUGUUUGCUAUUUCUUAAAAAUCUCAAAGAUUUGAUGUAAAAAGAAGUGGCGAGUAAGCCUGUGAAUAUUAAAGGACCAAAACAACUACAUUUGAACGCGGAUUUUUACGGCUUGGAGGUGCGCCUCGCCAAAAGUUGCGAAAAUCCCGCGAAAAAAAUAAAUACAAAAAAUAAUUGAGAAUUUCUCUCGAACGUGUUGUUAACAAGAAGAAUUGAUGUUUGUUCAUGUUCAAAAGCUGGGAACAAGGCUGUUUGGUCGUGUGGAUAGUGCCAAUACCCCUUCAGACGCUUUUGGGUAACACUGAUGUAAGUUUUUUUUGAUUUCGACGGUUUUUUUCGCAUUUAGGUAGAUCUGAAGGAAAAUGUGCAAUGUAUUUGAUGUUCCUUUGAAAAACGGCAUGCGCGCAAUGUUGAGGAGGAGGGGUUGGACUCAACGCUUUUGUGCCGGCGAUUUUCUUACCUAGUUCGACAUGUUUUUACCCAUUUUAGGUGUUUUAUAUUGUUUUAGUCAAGUAUUUUAAUUCCAGAGUUGUUCAAUCGCCUGAAAUCGCCAAUGAAGAACGAAAGAACUAUUGGACCACGCGGAAUUGUGACUGCCGUCAACGCUUCUUUAUCUAA